AAGAUCGAACACAGCUGAGACUUUUGCUUCGUUUUCACUCAACAUCAACAUUUGUGUAAAUUGAUUCAGAAAACAUGUGCUUCCUACGACUAUUUGUACUCCAGAUCCAAACGGUCGGGAUGUGUUUCAUAGUUUUGAUAUGUAAUACGUGUAAUCUUUUCUAUGGCAUACAAUUUGCUGGCAAUUUCGAGGGCCCAGCGAGAAGCCUGCUGAUUGUGUCAAUAAUACUGGACUGUGUUCUAUUUCUGACCAUUUUCCUGGGCACUUAUGGGGUUCUUCUUCAUAAGCAAUGGCCCCUGAAGCUAUAUAUAUUCACCCUGAUUGCCUUCUUCAUAAGCAAGGUAUUGAUUGCGGAUCAAGCAGUGGACUUUGAUACCAAAUUCUAUUACACCCUGGUGAACCACUGGUACCACAUGGAAACAGCCCUUUCGGUUUUAUGUUUAAUCUUUGUGUUUUCAUUGUACCUAAAAUUGGACGACGUGGGAGACUUCAGGUAA